AGGGUAAUUUUUAACGUCGAAGUUGGUGAUUUGGGAAAGAUAACGGUUAACAGCUAACGACAGCGCAGCGCAGGAGAGAGCGAAGCGUUUACCGGGUUUUGCCGGCGGCCGUAGUAACAGGGCGGUGCAGGAAUCCGAGGGGGCGGACUUUAACGAGAACACGACUCGCCUUGUUGUGUGUAUUCCCGUGCUCGCAUCGCCAUCUUGUUGCAAUCCUAUUUUUUUUUACGUAUGCGAGGAUCUACUUUCCGUUUGGCCGGAUUAAAAAUUGUCCGUGUGCUUUCAGGAGAAACACAGGGCACGAGAAGAUCGGGCCUGCGGGUGUGAACCGUGCACACGGCGCUUCCUAUCGGGACACUACCAACCCCUCCUCGGUCUUUUUCCUCCUUCCGUCCCGGGCCACCGGGUCGCCUGCCGUGAAGGUUUACGCGCAAUGAGCAUCGAUACACUUUUGGAGGCGGCCAGAUAUCUGGAAUGGCAAGCCCAGCAACAACAGAUCACACGUGAGGAGGAGCAGCGCAAAGAGAAGCAGCUCAUCAACAGGGAGGCGGAGUCUAUGCGGGUGGAACUUGUGACCUCGUUGUCUCAGCCAAUCAGAGCCAACCACGUCACUUGGGGCAAUGACACUCACCGCCAACAACCGCAUCACUAUCCCGCCCCUCCGCCCCCGUCUCUCCCACUUUCUCAAGUCCCCAUCGCCGUCAUCCCUAUGGUCCCAGUUGUCACAGCGACACCCUCGGUCUCGCACUUUCCUCUUACGACGCAGAUUUCUGCUGCGGCAACGUCGCUCAACGGCUCGCCACCAGCCAAGAACGCUUCCUUGCCUCCACAGCAGCAGCAGACCUCUCCUUACCUGUUGUGCACACCCCAGAUAAAAGUAGAGACUAGUCCGCAAAUAAAGCUAGAGACCAGUCCCCUGAUAAAGGUAGAGACAUGUCCCCUGAUAAAAGUAGAAACUAGUCCCCUGAUAAAGGUAGAAACUAGUCCCCAGAUAAAGGUAGAGACUAGUCCGCAGCUGAUUGGUGCAAAGCCCAGCCAAUCACAUCCUCAGCUUCAGAUUCAGUACACAACCUCCAUCAGCACUAAUGGCUCUGGCUCUCAACAUGCACUGGUUCCCCAUCAAUCUCCACCUUCAUCUCAGCCGCGGUCUAAUGGAGUCACGAUGGAGGACCUGAGGGGGAUGGAAGGGAAGCGGAGACCAGGAGGAGCGGGGACCAGAGAGGUGCAUAAUAAACUGGAGAAGAACAGGCCCUUCAGGCGAGCGCACCUCAAAGAGUGUUUUGAGACGCUGAAGAAGAACGUUCCAAAUGUUGACGAGAAGAAAACCUCCAACCUCAGCGUUCUCCGCAGCGCUUUGCGUUACAUACAGACUCUGAAGCGUAAGGAGAAGGAGUACGAGCACGAGAUGGAGCGUUUGGCCCGAGAGAAGAUCGCUACGCAGCAGCGGCUGGCCGAGCUGAAGAACGAGCUCAGCCAGGGCAUGGAUGUUAUCGAGAUCGACCGAGUUCUCCGACAGACCAUCCAGCCGGAGGACGACCAGGCCUCCACGUCCACCGCCUCAGAAGGAGAAGACAACUUUGAGCAGGACAUUGACGAUGAUGUCCCCGCUGCUCUGGCUCCCACGUCUCUCCUCAAACCGGCACCUCCCAUCUUACAAGCCCAGCAGCUCCUCACCUCUCAUGCCGUGCUGUCAAUCCAGCACGCCACCCUGCCUCUUGGAGUCCUGACCACGCCAUCUCACUCGGCUCCCUCUCAAGCAAUCGCUCUUGCUCCAGUCCUAGGUCCGCCCCCUCCGCUGCAAACCCAUCCCAUUCAGCCGCCGGCAAUGCAGGUCCAGCCCACCGUCAUCGCUCAUGCCGCAGUCUCCCACCCUUCAGUCAUCCAGGCUGUCAAUCAUGGCCUACCAUCAAAUCUCAAGCACCUAACGCACAUCGCGCCGUCACCUGGUCCCAUGUCCUCCAUGCCUCAGCCAAUCGCGGCGGCACCAGUUGCCGCCACUCACCAGACGAUGACCGCCCAGCCCAUCGGACACAUCACCGUCCACCCGGUGGCUCACCUCGGUGGCCCCCUGCAAUCCCACCUCCCGACUCUCUACCCGCAGGGUGUGUCUGUCUCUCAGCCCACCAUGAUGGGCCACAUCACUCACACGUUCACCCACCACGCCCUGCCGCACGUCCAGGCUAAUCCUCAAGCUAACACUAAUGGAGCCCAGGUGAACAGUGCAGCCAUGAUCAACCACGGGAGCCCGUCGUUGGGGAAACCCACAGCAGUGCUGGCCCCCCACCCUCAGCUGGUUGGACAGGCAGCCGUCCUCAACCCUGUCACUAUGGUUACAGUCCCAACCUUCCCUGUCGGCACACUCAAACUGGCCUGAAAGAUUUAUAAAACAAGAAAAGAAAAGGUGGGACUGAUGGAAGUCAGUUGAGGGAGAGUCUGCACUUCUGAAUGAGUUUUCACACUCCUGUCAAUAAUCAAGAGCAGAGAAUCUCUGACAGACACAUGAAACUUGUGAUGAAUAUCUUUAGAUAUAUUUGGGUCACAGCUCUGUUAGUUUAUGAACUAUAACAUUGAAGCAGAGUCAGUGGGUCAGGCCAUUGUUUGUGAAAAUAAGACUGCGCUGCAAAGACAGGAACUCUGUUUUACCUUCCUUCUCUCCUUCCUUUACAACCAGAAGCACUAACAUAAUAAGCUCAGUUCACACUCAGGCAUCAAAGAUUUACCUUAACUAUUCAUCCACUCACCGAGGGAAACCGCACGAGGGAGAAAGAGAUUUGUUUGUCGUUGGGCUGUUACCGUGGCGAUACAGUAUGUUCCGGUUUUGUAUUCAUAUAAUCAUGACGUCACGUUGGACAUUUUGGUGAAAUAAUGUCACUGAUAGGUUUGAAAGCAGGAGGAGGGAACUCACUCUGAAUGAAUUACAGAUCAAAGUGUGAUCAAAUGUGAAGUAGACCUCAUUACAUCGUCUGCUUAAUAGAGCUAAAGCGUUUCUGAUGCAGUUCUUCACUUUUCAGGAAAACGACAAAGUUACUGAUUAUAUUUCUUUUUCUCCUUCGCUUUUGCCUUGCUCCGUAAAGUGACUGUUAAGCCCUCUCCAUCUUCCUCCAAGUGAAGGUUUCUCACCACUGCAAUUGCCACCAAAUCAACAUCUUUCAAAUAGUUUAAGAAAAAAAAAAAAGGAACAGUGCAAUAAUAAAACCGUAUCCAAUCUGCAGUUAGACAAAAAAAAAAAAAAAAAAAAAAAAGAAACAACCUCAUCGUCUUUGAAUGUGAUUUAUGUUCUGCUGUCAGCUUCUGAUGAUUUGCAAAAGUGUCCCAUUCAACAGUGGAGUUAUUUUAUCCACUUCCCCUUAUGGCUUUCUUUUUGGAGGGCAACUCCAAAACAGCGGAAUGUCCCUUUUUUAAAAACAGAAAAAAACUAAACAAACAAAAAACGGAUCAAACUCCAGAAAUGAGAGGCUGGGCAACAUAUCGAUAUCGUGAUAUAAGACUAGAUAUCGUAGGUUUUGGAUAUCAUAAUAUCGCAUACGUAUUGUCUCGUCCUGGUUUUAAAGGCUGCACUACAGUAAAGUGAUGUCAUCUUCUGAACUUACCAAACUGUUCUAGCUCUUCUAUCUGCCUUUACCCACUUAGUCAUCCCCAUUACUGAUGACUAUUUCUCAUUGUGUAAAUAUGUUGUGAAAGCACCAAUAGUCAACCCUAUAAUAAGGUCACAAUAUUGAUAUUGAGGUAUUUGGUCAAGAAUAUCGUCAUAUUUGAUAUUCUACAUAUUGCCCAGCCCUAGUUAAAGGGAAAGAAUUAGAGUAAUGAUUGUUGGUUUGCAUCUGGAGAAGUCUAGAGACAACAUGACCUUUGCCUGUUAGUUAUUAAAGAGUGGAUUUCCUUGUAGGAAGUCCACCACACUACAGAGUUAAAGGUAGAGCAACAUGUUUGAGAUAAACAGUCAAGACAGUUCUGAAAAAAAACUUAAGAGUCAAAUUGGGAAAGUAAGGUAGGAUUAGACAUUUUUAAAAAGGUAAUUGAAUGCAGUCAGAUACGUAAAGGUAGUGCAUUGCACUUGUGGCGUGAUUUGCUGUCCCGCAGAGGAAGGCUUGACCAGAAAUACAUGGCAUGUUUUCAAACCAAUCAAUGCCUGUUCUACAUCAUUCUGAACAAAAAUAUCUACGUAAUCGCAAAUGCCUGAAAUUCGUUCGGUGAAUUUAAUGUCAACGACGGAAAAGACCCUGCUCUCAAAACAUUCAGUGGCAGGUUUUUCAUCCUUUUCACGCUAAUGCAACAGCGCCCUCUGCUGCCUCAUGCUGAUGAUGAUGACGACACACAAAGUUUCACUCUUGACUGUCUGUUUUGUACUGCGUUAUAUUACAUAUUGUACGGGACUUUGGUCACAUGAGAAACUCAAACUGCUGAGAGGAUUGUGAUAUGUGGAUGAAAGCUCCAGAAAAAGCUAGUAAGUGGUUAAGAUUAAAGUUUGGCUAUAGCACAAAACAAAUAUCAAACAGUCUGGCAGAAGUAUUGUUUAGGCUUGAGAUCAGUUUACAUUUUAAUGCCGUUUUGUGAAGAAUUAUUUGGCAGUGACAUGACCCUUUUUAUUAUUUUUUGGACAACAAAUGAUAUCGAACACCGCGCCAAAUCCUCUGCUCCAGUCCAGAAAAUCUGUUGUGACACCCACUUUUCUGUGUGUGUGUGUGUGUGUGUGUGUGUGUCUGUCUGUCUGUCUGUCUGUGUACACAUUCAAAAACGUUCAUGGCUUCACAGCCUUCUUGCCAGCCUAUACAUGUCGCACCAUAAAAUCUCCCAUCAGUGUAUGUAGUCAAUGUUGCGUGGAUCUGCUGUUUCUGUAUGUUAUGUCUGUAUAUGUGACUAUUCAAUAUGUUUUAUAUUCUGUACUAUAGUUAAUCCUACUGUACCUGUAGCAUGGCUGUUUUUUGGUUCUGCAGUUUGCCCCGUGCAUGAUAGAGUGAGUGUUUGUGUGUCUGUGUGUGUGUGUGUGUGUGUGUGUGUGUAGCAAGCUAUUUUUUUACACAGAGGUGAUUUAUGGUAUGAGUCUGUUUGGGUGCGAUCGUGUGUGCCUUUACUCAGUUUUACUGAACACUGUGACAACUCUGGCAAAACACGAACACAUUGAGCGAAUGGAAGAGACAAAGAUUUACUGUCAUGAUUGUUUUUUUUACGUUUUUAAGUUUUCCAUUUUGUGAGUUGGACUGAGACAGUGGAAAAAGUAAAAAAAUAAAGAAUAAAAGUUGCUCUUUUCUCGAUAACAUAAUGUCUAAUAUUCAAUUUGAGUUUUGUAAUAUUUGUAUGAAAGUUUUGUAAAUUUGUGAUUGUAUGCACGUUUUGGCAUAUGAGUGUAUGUAUCUUAAAAUUUUAAAUGCUUGUUUCUUUUUGGUUUUGUUUUGCAUGUAGAUUGCCGUUUAGUUUCUUUUGUAUAAACGUUUUGUUUUCUGUUUAUUUUUGGGACCAUGUACAAUACUGUAUAACGUGGGCAGGAUCUUGGACCUCAUGCUACAUUGAUAUUAUAUAUGAAUAUAAAAACAUGUUUUCCCUAUGGAGAAAGUUUUAAGUUAUAUAUCGCCUGUACACUUUGGGCUGCCUUUUAGAUCUAACUGUCCACUGUUUAAGAUAACAAUGAUGAUAAUGGAUAAAACAUAUUAAUGAAGAAUUAUGCUGAUGAAAUAAUAAAGAUUCUUAAUAAAUCUUA